GUUCUCGUCUGCGUCUCUCUCCCUUCAUACUCGUUGUGUUUAGGGUCUCCGCUGCAGGCUUCCUCUGCAGGCGUGCAGGGGCGGAACGUCACUUUCGCUGCCCACUGUGAUCGCACUGCCAAGCGUCGACACACAGCAACUCACACACAACGCCCAUAGAUUAUAUAUCGACGGCGCUUUCAUGUCCGUGUAUUGUCGCAUUGCCUCGCCGACGGUGUUGCUGCGCGCACUGCACACCGUCGCCGUCAGCCGCGAUGGCUGGGCCACCGUUGUCUUCACCGACUCGCACGUGGUGCUGCACGUCGAGGGCACCGAUGAAAACAUGACCGCCACCUGUACGCUGCCCAAGGCGCUCUUUGCCGAGUACGCCGUGGUCGAUACGCGCUUCGCCGUGCACAUUCCCACGCUCAUCGAUGCACUGCUCAUGCUGGGCCCUGCGGUGCUCACUGCCUCCACGCGGGCCGUUCUCGCCUACCCGACCGAAGACGCGAAGCUCUUGGUGGAGCUCACGCCGUCUGCGCGUCUCUCCUGCAGCUACCCCGCCAGCGGUGGCGCAGCGGAGGUGGAUGCGCAGAUGGCCGUCGGUCAACGCAUUCUUCAGUCGCUGUUGGUGACCCGCAACGUGAAGGAUCACGUGCUCGAUCUGCGCUUUGCAGAGGCCACCCUCCUCGCGCAGGUUACCCUGCAGGGCGACGUGCUGCGCGAGUUGAUCGCCGACGUGACGGCGGCGCAGUGCACGGAGGUGGCCCUUCGCGUGGAUCCAAAGCAGGGAUUACUGAUGCGUGGAGAAGGCGGGCCCUUCGGCGAGGUCACCGCCCGGAUCGCGGCAAACUCAGAUGUUGUGUUGGCUCUCUCGCGUGAGCAGGCCGGGGAGACGCGGGUGUACGCGCAUCACUUGGCGCUGGCGUGCGGCGUGCGAGGCUUAGGGAGCGGGAGCGGCCUAAACGCCGGCGGAAACGCUCGGGGCCGUGGAGGACCCACACCAAACACCGCCGCUGGCUUCUCAGCGCGUGAUGGACGGCUAUCGAAUGCGGACUUCAUCCUUAUGGGACUCGCGGCCGCUGGCGGGAGUGGCGGCGGCGGCGGCGGCGCGGCUACGUUGUUUGGUGGUUUUGAGAGAUUGACGCUGCAGAUCAACGCACAGAGGCAGCUCAGCGUGCUGCACACCCAACGCGAGCACGAGCAGAAGGUGGCUGUGACGGUGGUGGUGAUGCCGCUCUGCUCCGUGUACGACGUUCUCUAA